AUGUCCAAAGAAGCAUCUGUAGAAUUGACGACCUUCGGGCUGGCAUCUAGCAGUGCCGGAAGAACCCCUUCAGUCUUGGAUCCAUCAGAUGAAGAUAUCUCCUCGCCAGCGAAUGCAGCACCAGAGACACCACUAGCUAACGACUCGACAGCGAUUCUGCCAAAAGGGCGAGCAAUUCUUGUCAUCAGCCAAUUGGUCGGUUUGCAGCUCUUCUCCAGUUUCUGCAAUGGCAUCAUCGUGGUUGGUCUGCCCGCUAUCGCAAAUACGCUCAAUCUGGAAGCAGGUCUCCUUCUCUGGCCGACUUCUGUAUUCUAUCUCACAGCUGGAUCAUGCUUGAUGUUGGCUGGAUCAAUCACCGAUGUAUUGGGGACAAGGCCCAUGAUCUUGGCGGCAAACAUCAUUCUCGCCGCGAGCUCUCUUGCGUGUGGCCUGUCACGAAACGGAGGUGAAAUCAUUGCUUUCCGAGGUUUGCAGGGAAUCAGCAACGCAAUAGCCGUUCCAGCGUCAGUUUCCAUCAUCUCGACCAGUGUGGAAUACGGGCAGCCACGCAACCUUGGGUUUUCCUGUCUAGGCUUUUCGGGUCCGCUUGGAUUCCUGCUUGGCUUGGUCCUAGGCGGCGUAUUCGUAGACGGUGUCGGAUGGCGGCCGGCAUUUUAUCUCGUAGCGGCUGCUAGUCUUGCGUUGGGCGUUGUCGGAUUCUGGGCCCUGCCAAAAUCCUCGCGUCCGAGCCAAAGGCGUAGCAUUAGAAAGCGUCUCACCUUUGAGAUCGACUGGGUUGGAACACUCAUCUCGACUACUGGCCUUGUGACGCUGUCAUAUGCUUUGGCAACACUCUCGGCCGACGUCCACAACAUUCGACAGGCAACAACCAUUUCGCUUUUAGUCCUCGGUGCUGCCACCGUCCCAGCGUUCAUAUGGUGGAUGCAUUUCCAGGUCAAGCACAACCGGCCGGCACUGAUACCGAAUUCGUUCUGGAGCAAUACCACUUUUACUAGCAUAUGUAUUAUGAUACUCUUCAGCAGCGCGGUCACCAACGGCAUAGAAGUAUUUGCCAGUCUAUUCUAUCAGCAAGUCCAAGGCUAUUCAGCGCUUGAAGCUUCUGUCCGCAUCUUACCGGCCCUCGUCAUGGCAGUCAUAACCAAUGUCUCGACCGGAUACUUUGUCAACCGCAUGCCUGUCAUGUGGGUAGUCCUUGCUUCUUCUGGCCUGUCUGCCAUCUCACCGCUGCUCAUGGCGGUCAUCGACCCUCAAUGGCCAUAUUGGUACAUGGCAUUCUUCGCACAGGUCCUGCAGCUUUUGAGCUUGAAUGUGCUCUUCACCGUAGGUUUACUCAUUAUCUCCUCCAUUUUCCCUGCGGGUACGCAGGCUCUCGGAGGUGCCGUCUUCAACACUUGCGCACAGCUGGGUACAUCGAUCGGAUUAACAAUCACAUCGGUCAUUGCAGAUUCAAGGACGGCUUCUUCAUCUGAGGUCGACAAAACAUCCCCAAACGCACUUAUGACCGGAUACCGCGCAGCUUUCUGGGCUUUGUUCGCCUGGAUGGUCAUUGUCUGUCUCACCGCUGUCUUUGGUCUGCGUCGUGUAGGCAAAAUUGGCAUGAAGCAAGACUAA